UAGAAUUGGUAAUUUAUAGAUGUCCAGAUUGGGAAGGCAAACUGUAGAAACCAUAACAUUUAAAUGAACUAGAACUUCCGUUGAGGAACCCAACAGCGUUUAUGUCACGCGGAAGAGCGGUUGGAGUUAACGGUUUCUGUUGCAAAACGUUUUUUAACAGACGAAACAUUUAACAACAUAAUCGGCGUAAUGAAUACACACCUGAUUUGGUUUGUGCGGUUGACACCGCCACGUUGAUUGGUCGGCAGAUUUCACGUGUAGAAAGAAAUGUGUCAGUCAAGUUAAUAACAGGAAACUAGACACUCAGCUGAAGAUAGAGGACAAUCGAUAACAAAACGGCCAGCCAUCGCCUCGCCUACACAGGUGUCAUCAUCAGCUGUGUCGAUGGAUACUCAGGAAUAGGAAUUUUCCAACCAGUGGCAUUUUGAUAUUUAUUUUGUUUAGAGAUAAAAUAUCGAGAAAGGUCUGUUUCAGGUAGCACGCAAGCUAGUUAGCUAACUAAAGCUAGCUUGCAUUUACCUGCACAUAGUUAGCUGCUAGCUAGCUAAUUGAUGAUGGAGUUUGUUAGCAAUUAGCAAGCUUGCUAACGUUAGCUGCGGACAGAGCCUGUUGGCUAUAUAAUGUAACGUUAGCUAUUUAGCCAAAUAAGCCUUACCCACCUUUCUGAUUUUGUCGAGUUGUAAACGUAACGUUAGCUGGCCAGCUAAGUAGCUAGCUAGCUAGCUAGUUAGGUAAUUGAACUGUAAUGAACUUAAAUGCUCGCUGCUUUCUUGCAUUUGGUAUCUAGCUUACCAACCCAGCUAGCUAGGUUUGAGAUAUUGUUUACAUGGAACACCGGAAACUUGCUUGCUUUGCGAUGCAAAUCUGAUGGCACGAGCAACAUAGACUAGCUAGGUUCAUAGAAUGACGUCAAUUCCCAGACCUUUACAUGGACAUAGGAGGCUAACAACAGCAAGGGAAUGUUUUUUUUUUCAUCUCUAAGGUCCAAUAUCCCAUGUCAAUAUUUGGGUGCCGUCUCUCCCUAAAUAUGGUAAAUGCGUUUGAAUGAAGAUCCAACUGCGAGGAACACAAAGCCUGUUCUCUUGUCGGUGUUGAGGAGAUGUCAUUGACAGCAGCAUGCAUUUUGCUGGCAGGAGCAGCACCGAUGCCCCCAUGUCUAGCGCCGCCUCCAUCGGUUCCUCUUUUCGUUUCUUGCCCGUCAUCUGCUUGGGAAUCGCCGCAGCAUUACUUUUUCAGUUUGGAUAUGGGGGGCUCACCAUAACGUCAUUUUUUCUGAAGCUUUUUAUUUAUAUCUCCUUUGCAUUGUUCUGCUUCUUGUUGGGAAGCUUUGGUCUCCUCGUUAAAAAGGGUCCUCCUAAAAUCAGCCGAUUUGAAACUUCAAAGAGACAGUCUACUUACCUGUUGGACUUGUUUAACAAAUUAAUGGGAAGGUUCACCGUGCCACUUUUGGAGUCUGCGCAGACAAGAAGAGUGGUGGUAUCACACAAUGUGGACAAGGCCCUUAAAGAAGUGUUUGACUACAGCUACAGGGACUAUGUCCUGUCGUGGUAUGUGCCGCUGAGCCGCGACGAGGGACAGCUCUACCAGAUGCUGUCAGAGGACUUCUGGGAGAUGGCCAAGCAGCUGCGGGGCCGCCUGGCAGACGUCGACAUGGUCAACGUGGUCUGCAAUGACACCGUCAAGACUCUCCAUGCACACUUCUGUGACCUCAAGACGGCCAAUACCAGGCAGGAGGAGUUGCCCAAGCCCUUCCCCCUUCACCAGUGUCUGCAGAGCCCUGAGGAGGAGCUACGGUUCCUGCGCUGCUGUGCCCGCCUGCUCAUGCUGUGCCUGCUGCCCACACGAGACGCCCGCUCCUACAGCCUGCGCGUGGUUCUAGUGGAGGUUAUCACCACCAAAGUGCUGAAGCCGCUGGUGGAGGUGCUGAGUGACCCAGACUUCCUGAACCUUAUGCUGCUUUCUCAGCUGGAGCACCGCGAACAGCUCAACGAGCACCACAAGAAGGCCUAUACCUACGCCCCGUCCUACGAGGAGUUCAUCAAGCUCAUCAGCUCCUCCUCAGACAUCGACUUCCUCAAACAGCUCAGGUACCAGAUCGUGGUGGAGAUCAUUCAGGCCACCACCAUCAGCAGCCUCCCCCAGCUGAAGAAACAGAAAGACAGUAAAGGGAAGGAGACUGCAGCCAUGAAGGCCGACCUGCUCAGAGCACGCAACAUGAAGCGCUACAUCAACCAGCUGACUGUGGCCAAGAAGCAGUGUGAAAAACGCAUCCGUCUCCUGGGAGGCCCCAACUACGAACAGCAGGAGGAGGGCUGCACGGACGAGGGAGAGGGGCCCCAGAGUCAGAGGAUCCUCCAAUUUGAAGAGAUCAUGUCUAACCCAGGGUUCCGGGAGCACUUCCGUGUCUACAUGGAGCGAGUGGACAAGAGGGCUCUCAUCAGCUUCUGGGAGCUAGUGGAGAUGCUCAAGACUGCCAAUAAGAAUGAGGUUCCCCAGCUGGUGGGGGAGAUCUACCAGAACUUCUUUGUGGAGAGCAGGGAGAUCCCGGUGGAGAAAGCCCUGUACAAGGAGAUCCAGCAGACCCUGGUGGGGAACAAGGGCACGGACGUGUUCCACCGUAUCCAGGGUGAUGUGUAUGAGACAAUGAAAGAGCGCUACUACCCGUCCUUCCUGGUCUCUGACCUCUACGAGAGGCUCAUCAGGAGAGAGGAGCAGCAGUGCAGCUCCCAGUCCAGCAGCGAGGACAAGGAUGAAGGGCUCCAGGUUCUGGAGGGAGGGGAGGAGGCGCUGGACGAGGGCACUAAAGGCAUCAAUGAGCAGGCCAGCUACGCUGUCAACAAGCUGCGCCAGCUCUACGACAAGCUGGAGUACAAACGGCAGGCCCUGGGCUCCAUCCAAAAUGCCCCCAAGCCAGACAAAAAGAUUGUGUGUAAACUGAAGGAGGAGAUUGGGGCCAUGGAGAAGGAGCACAGUGACCUGCAGCUGCACAUCUCCCGCACCGACUGGUGGUGUGAGAACUUGGGCUCCUGGAGGGCCCUCAUCACAACAGCAGAGGCAGUAGAGGAGAAUGGAGAGCAAAUGCCUUGCUACUGUGUCUCAGUGAGCCUGCUGGAGGGAGACGACUCUAAGAACAGCCGCUGGAGCGUCACCAGGAAGCUCAUAGAGUUCCAGGCCCUGCACCGAAAACUGACUGAGUGUUUCCCUACCUUGAAAAAAGUCCAGCUUCCCUCUGUCAGCAAACUGCCAUUCAAGUCAAUUGACCAAAAAUUCCUUGAAAAGUCCAAAAACCAGCUCAACAGCUUUUUACAAAAAAUGCUGACAGACGAGCGGAUGUGUCAGAGUGAGGCGCUCUAUGCCUUCCUCAGCCCCUCCCCAGAGCACCUGAAGGUCAUGGACAUCCACAAGAAAUCCUCCUUCUCCCUGGCCUCCUUCCUGGAGAGACUGUCUGGAGACUUCUUCUCACACACCGAGGAGGAGGUGGAGGAUGACAGUGACCUAUCUGACUAUGGAGACGAGGCUGAUGGGAAGAAAGACGCUCUGGCUGAACCCUGCUUCAUGCUCAUAGGAGAGAUCUUUGAGCUCAGAGGAAUGUUUAAAUGGGUACGAAAAACUCUAAUUGCACUAGUUCAAGUCACGUUUGGAAGGACCAUAAACAAGCAGAUUCGAGACACUGUCAACUGGAUCUUCAGUGAGCAGAUGAUUGUUUGCUACAUCAACAUUUUCCGCGACACAUUCUGGCCCAACGGAAAACUGGCCCCCCAAAUCAAGGCUCGGUCCGACACAGAACGUCGGGAGACCAAGGAGAGAGCUCAACAGAAGCUGCUAGACAAUAUCCCAGAUGCACUACAGAACCUGGUGGGACAGCAGAACGCCAGGUAUGGGAUCAUCAAGAUCUUCAACGCACUUCAGGAGGCCAAUGCCAACAAGCAUCUGCUUUAUGUUCUGAUGGAGAUGAUCCUCAAAGAGCUGUGUCCAGAACUCAACGUGGAGACGGACCAGAUCUGAUGGGGGCGAGGCCCAUAUGUACGCAAAACACAGGAUAGUGUGGUUAAUGUGGAGCAGAACCCUAGGGCAUCCUAUUCCCUCCCUCAAAGGGAAUAGGGUGCCAUUAAUAUAGUGUACUACUUUUGACCAGAGGGCAUGAAGUUGUGCACUAUAGGGAAUAGGGUGCCGUUUGGGAACGCAGCCUAACACACACACACACACACACACACUGAGUGAAGGAAAUGGAGGUGCUCCUGGAGAUCGACAUGGCUUUAGUUUAGUCUUGGUUUUCAGGGGAGAGACACUCGUUGAAGGAUUAUGUAUUAUCUUUUGUUCAAACUAGAUUUUUUUAAUUUUAACUCAACAGAUAGAUCAUGAAGACAAAUGUAACAUCAACACAGAGGUACUAUAAUGUUCCAGCAUGGUACAGUAAACAAUGAGAUUAAACUGAAUGGAUGAUACCUUUUCUGUUAUUCUGCGGUACUUUUAUCUGAAUGCAUUUGAUUAUGUAGUGCUCAAACUAGGGAGACAAGCUUCUGUUCCUGUUACUACCUUACAUUUCUUUGUUUUGUUCAGUAGCUGAAAAUGACAAAUCAGUCCCACUGCCAAGGUCUGUUGCAGAAAGCCAGGCUAUUGAUUGAUUACUUUGUUAUGGAUCCAAAAUGUGAAUAGUUGUGAAAUGAUGAGUGUUGUGCUCAUAUAAUGAAGAAACAAGCUGCAUACCGACCUCAAAUACAUUCCCCACCAAUGUUACAUUAUGUUCAUUGUAGAACGGCUUCAUUGUGCAAUAUGUCAUGUAAAGUCAUUGUGACAAUUUUAUUUGUGACUUAUUGAUAGAUUUUAUUUUUACCCAAAAAUUGUUUAGAGAAUUUAUAAGCAAUAAAUUGCAAAAGAAAAAUGUA